CCGUUUUGGUUUAAUCCUUUAUACCUCUCCUCCGCCUAAUUAAAACCCUAAAAAAAUUCAUCAUCAUCAUCGUCGUCAUCCAAAACUUGAGUAACGGUCUCUCUCUCCAUGGAUACUCGUCGCGGAGCUCUUGCGGUUCCUAAAGUCCGUCGAGUAGGCUUCUUCACAUCAGCAAUCGAGCCGACUCAAGACUCAUCACAACGACCCAAUCGAAGCCAAUCCGGUCCGGUAGAGGCAACAACCUCUUCUUCUCCUCUCUCUGAUUCACCUUCCGGGAAUCUCAUUUCUCCGGUCUUAAUUCCGCCUUCGCGUCACCAUUCUGACAAUCUAACCUCUCGCGCUGUUGCUGCUGCUGCUGCUCCUGUACCCGUUCCUGGACCUGCCGCCUUUCGCAGAUACUUAGCCCAUGAUCGGGGUCUUAACGUCGGCAGUUACAAUCCUCCUGAUUCGCUUCUUGGGACGUCACCACCGUCGAGUAACGGAGAGUUUUCUGAGGAUUCGGUUUCUCUGUUUGGGUUUCAACGGAGCGAUUCAGCAAAGUUAUCGGCGAGUUUUCCUAAUGGAGGAUUCGAUUUGACUUUAGCGGUUAGAGCUCCUCAAGAGCCUGAACCCAAAAUUGCGACCGUGUCAGCUUCUGAAGUGACAAAGAAGAUCGCCGAAGUUUCUGGAAAGAGUGAAUCUGUGACCACAAAACCCCAGAAGGAAAAGGAACCAAAAUCGCUGAAAGAUAAAACAACUAAAGCAGAAAGGCGUGCCAUCCAAGAGGCACAACGGGCAGCAAAAGCUGCUGCAAAAGGCGAAGGAAACAGGCGUGCAGAUGAGUCUGGUAAAGCUAAUCCUGGCAAAGCUGCCAAAAAGCCUCAACCGAAGAAAGAAAGACUUCCCGCCACAUCCUCUGUUUCUGUAAAAACAGCUGUAGCAGUAGAAAAAGAGAAGAGAAUGGAUGUCCCUCAGACACAAAUGCAGUAUGACGACAAAAGCCGAGUCGAGAAAGCUAAGAAGCGUGCAGUCGUUGAACAGACCGAGAGCAAGAACAAAGUUGAAUUAUUUCUCCAUCUUCCUCAAUACGAGCGUGGCAAUCAGCUUCCCGAUUUAAGCUCCAAUAUUUUCAUACUCGAUACCAUACACCAUGCAGUCUAUAAGGUUGGUUUGCAACAUUUGGCUGGAGAUAUAUCUGGGGACAAUGCGCGAUGCAUUGCCAUGCUCCAAGCAUUCCAAGAAGCUAUUAAAGAUUACACUACACCUCCUAUGAAAGACCUGACCAUGGACUUGACAACCAAAAUUAAUGGUUAUGUUUCAUUCUUGAUAGAAUGUCGUCCACUCUCCAUGAGCAUGGGAAACGCAAUCAGGUUCCUGAAGAACCAAAUAAGAAAACUACCUGUAAACCUGUCAGAGCCAGAGGCAAAAGCCUCCCUGUGUUCGGACAUUGGACGGUUCAUAGAUGAGAAGAUAAUUCUUGCAGACAAGGUAAUUGUACAACAUGCUGUAACAAAAAUCAGAGAUGGAGAGGUUCUUCUCACAUACGGAUUCUCUUGUGUGGUUGAGAUGAUUCUCUUAUAUGCCCAUGAGAUUGGGAAAAAGUUCCGUGUAGUGAUUGUAGACUCACGCCCGAAUCUUGAAGGGCAAAAGCUACUCCGCAGACUUGUGACACGUGGCCUCGACUGUACCUACACUCAUAUAAACGCCAUUUCCUACAUUAUGCGUGAAGCUACACGGGUUUUUCUUGGGGCUUCAUCAAUCUUCUCGAAUGGAACUCUUUACUCGAAAGUUGGUACAGCUUGCGUAGCAAUGGUUGCAAACGCAUUUAGUGUUCCUGUAAUUGUGUGUUGUGAAGCAUACAAGUUUCAUGAAAGAGUACUACUUGAUUCCAUCUGCACCAAUGAACUUGGCGAUCCUGAUGCCGUAGCCAGCAUACCAUCAUUUAGUACCAAAGCAAAGCAUUUAAAGACGAUGGACAACAACAAAAACCUUCAGUUCCUGAAUCUAAUGUAUGAUUCAACUCCUUCAGAAUAUAUAUCUAUGAUCGUAUCGGAUUAUGGAAUGAUUCCUCCGACAAGCAUACCAGUGAUUGUACGUGAAUACAGGAGAGAACACUUGUUGCUAUAAAAGGUAAUGUGUUUAGAAUAUUUAUUAGCAUACAAAACUACAGAUACAGUUUACAGGGGGAGAGGGAAAGCUUAGUAGUAUUUAACAUAAACUAUCAUCAUUCUUCUUUAUAUCUCUAACGAUGGCAUGUGAAAUUUGUUGUUCAUUGUUCAAGAAUAAUGUGAUUUGGAAUUUGGAAUGA